AUGGAUGAUGGUGGGAGUAACAUAGAUAGGGAUGAUGGUGGGAGUAACAUAGACAGGGAUGAUGCUGAGAGUAACAUAGACAGAGAUGAUGGUGGGAGUAACAUAGACAGGGAUGACGGAGGGAGUAACAUAGACCGGGAUGAUGCUGAGAGUAACAUAUACAGGGAUGAUACUGGGAGUAACAAAGACAGGGAUGAUGCUUUGAGUAACAUAGACAGGGAUGAUGCCGAGAGUCACAUAGACAGGGAUGAUGCUUUGAGUAACAUCGACAGGGAUGAUGCUGGGAGUAACAAAGACAGGGAUGAUGCUUUAAGUAACAUAGACAGGGAUGAUACUGAGAGUAACAUAAACAGGGAUGAUACUGGGAGAAACAUAGACAGGGAUGCUGCUUUGAGUAACAUAGACAGGAAUGAUGGUGGGAGUAACAUAGAAAGGGAUGAUACUGGGAGUAACAUAGAAAGGGAUGAUACUGGGAGUAACAUAGACGGGGAUGCUGCUUUGAGUAACAUAGACAGGUAUGAUACUGGGAGUAACAUAGACAGGGAUGAUGCUUGGAGUAUCAUAGACAGGGAUGAUGCUUUGAGUAACAUAGACAGGCAUGAUGGUGGGAGUAACAUAGACAGGGAUGACGGUGGGAGUAACAUAGACAGGGAUGCUGGUGGGAAUAACAUAGACAGGGAUGACGGUGAGAGUAACAUAGACAGGAAUGAUGGUGGGAGUAACAUAGACAGGGAUGACGGUGGGAGUAACAUAGACAGGGAUGAUGCUGGGAGUAACAUAGACAGGGAUGCUGGUGGGAGUAACAUAGACAGGGAUGAUGCUGGGAGUAACAUAGACAGGGAUGAUGGUGGGAGUAACAUAGACAGGGAUGAUGGUGGGAGUAACAUAGACAGGGAUGAUGGUGGGAGUAACAUAGACAGGGAUGAUGCUGGGAGUAACACAGAGAGGGAUGAUGCUGGUAGUAACAUAGACAGGGAUGAUGCUGCGGCUGAAAGUAACGUAGACAUUGAUGAUGCUGGGAGUAACAUAGACAGGGAUGAUGCUGGGAGUAACAUAGACAGUGAUAAGGCUGGGAGUAACAUAAACAGGGAUAAUGCUGGGAGUAACAUAGACAGUGAUCAGGCUGAGAAUAACAUAGACGGGGAUGAUGGUUGGAGUAACAUAGACAGGGAUGACGGUGGGCGGAACAUUGACAGGGAUGAUGCUAGGAUUAACAUAUACAGGAAUGAUGCUGGGAGUAACAUAGACAUGGAUGAUGCUGGGAGUAACAUAGACAGGGAUGAUGCUAGGAUUAACAUAUACAGGGAUGAUGCUGGGAGUAACAUAGACAUGGAUGAUGCUGGGAGUAACAUAGACAGUGAUAAGGUCGGGAUUAACAUAGACCGGGAUGAGGCUGGUAGUAAAAUAGACAGGGAUGAUGGUUGGAGUAACAUAGACAGGGAUGAUGCUGGGAGUAACAUAGACAGUGAUAAGGUUGGAAAAAACAUAGACAGAGAUGAUGCUGGUAGUAACUUAGACAUGGAUGAUGCUGGGAGUAACACAGAGAGGGAUGAUGUUAUUAGUAACAUAGACAGAGAUGACGCUGGGAGUAACAUAGAUAGAGAUGAUGCUGGGAAUAACAUAGACAGUGAUAAAGCAGGGAGUAACAUAGACAGGGAUGAUGCUGGGAGCAACAUAGACAGGUAUGAUGCUGUGAGUAACAUGGACAGAGAUGAUGCUGGGAGUAACAUAGACAGGGAUGAUGCUGGGAGCAACAUAGACAGGGAUGAUGCUAGGAUUAACAUAUACAGGGAUGAUGCUGGGAGUAACAUAGACGGGGAUGAUGCUGGGAGUAAUAUAGACAGUGAUAAGGUCGGGAUUAACAUAGACCGGGAUGAGGCUGGUAGUAACAUAGACAGGGAUGAUGCUGGGAGUAACAUAGACAGUGUAAAGGUUGGAAAAAACAUACACAGAGAUGAUGCUGGGAGUAACAUAGACAGAGAUGAUGCUGGUAGUAACCUAGACAGUGAUAAGGUCGGGAUUAACAUAGACAGGGAUGAUGCUGAAAGUAACACAGAGAGGGAUGAUGCUAUUAGUAACAUAGACAGAGAUGACGCUGGGAGUAACAUAGACAGAGAUGAUGCUGGGAGUAACAUAGACAGUGAUAAGGUCGGGAUUAACAUAGACAGGGAUGAUGCUGGGAGUAACAUAGACAGUGAUAAGGCUGGGAGUAACAUAGACAGGGAUGCUGCUGGGGGUAACAUAGACAGGGAUGAUGGUGGGAGUAACAUAGACAGAGAUGAUGCUGUGAGUAACAUGGACAGGGAUGAUGCUGUGAGUAACAUAGACAGGGAUGAUGCUGUGAGUAACAUGGACAGGUAUGAUGCUGUGAGUAACAUGGACAGGGAUCAGGCUGGUAGUAACAAAGACAGUGAUCAGGCUUGGAGUAACAUAGACAGGUAUGAUGCUGUGAGUAACAUAGACAGGGAUGAUGCUGGGAGCAGCAUAGACAGGUAUGAUGCUGUGAGUAACAUAGACAGAGAUGAUGAUGGGAACAGGGAUGAUGGUGGGAGUAACAUAGACAGGGAUGAUGCUGUGAGUAACAUAGACAGGGAUGAUGCUGUGAGUAACAUAGACAGGGAUGAUGCUGGGGGUAACAUAGACAGGCAUGAUGGUGGGAGUAACAUAGACAGGGAUGACGGUGGGAGUAACAUAGACAGGGAUGAUGGUGGGAAUAACAUAGACAGGGAUGACGGUGAGAGUAACAUAGACAGGGGGGAAACAAGAACAGACACGAGGAUUGGGGAAAACAGGGACAGACAGGAGGCUAUUGGACAUAUGGACAGAUACGAGGCUUUGGGAAACAGGGACAGAUACGAGGCUUGGGGAAACAGGGACAGACAAGAGGAUGGGUGA